AUGUCUUUCUUCGAUGGCGCACGAUCUUUUCGACUGCGCUCGCUCGCCUCUCCCAUACGACCAGACUUCACCUCCAUGGCUGUAACCCCAUCCUACGAGUACGGCGGCAAUGGCAUCAUGGACGUCUUCAAGAAGAAGCUCCCGCCACACAGCUCCCAUCCAGAUUUCGCCAAUCUCACCCUCCUGGUCUUUGAGGCCGUCCUUGAGGUUGUCUGCGUGAGUCUUCCCGGCUACAUCGUUGCGCGCAUGGGCAUGUUCGAUGCAGAGAACCAAAAGUUUGUCGCGAACCUCAACACUCAACUGUUCACACCAUUCUUUACCAAACUGGCUUCUCAGCUUACCGCCGAUAAAUUGGUCGAACUCGGUGUCAUUCCCUUCAUCUUCAUCGUCCAAUUGAUCGUUUCCUAUGUUGCCGCUCUCGCCGUCUCUCGGAUCUGCAAAUUCAACAAGCGGGCCAAGAACUUUGUUAUCGCAAUGGCUGUCUUCGGAAACUCCAACUCCCUCCCCAUCUCCCUCGUCAUCUCGCUUUCCAAAACUCUGAAAGGACUACACUGGGAUAGGAUACCGGGCGACAACGACAACGAGGUCGCGGCGCGCGGCAUUCUAUAUCUUUUGAUUUUCCAGCAGUUAGGUCAAUUGGUGCGCUGGACGUGGGGGUUCAACGUACUAUUGGCUCCUGCCAGCGCGUACAAAGACGACGAUCUGGGCAGGAAUUCGGCCAUCGAGAACGGAGAAUAUAGUGACGAAGAGGCGGAACACCUACUUCACGACGAUUCGCAUUCGGAUUAUGAGUCCGGCGACAUCACUCCUGAAUUCAGCCGUACCUAUGGCCCCUCUACUUCCUCCUCCAGCUCCAGCUCCCUCUCCGCCUUGAUACAACGCACCAAUCUGCCGUCACAUGCCGCUUUCACGACACCUACGAAUGGAAAUACCACCAUCAAGGGCCCCGGAAACAUGAAUGGGAACGGCAAUGGUGCUGCUAUCGCCGGGCAAGUGGAGGAGAGUAUCCCGAGUGGACCCAAGGGGUGGUGGUUGAGGUUCAAGAGAUGGGUCCGCAGCAUUGCGCACGCGAUCUCUUCGAAGACUGCGCAGGCCUCGCGGAGCGCAUUUGAUGCGCUGCCCAAUUGGCUUCAAAAGACAUUGGCAAAGACUUCUUCGUUCCUCAAGAAGUUCGCCUUCGGGCUGUGGGAAUUCAUGAAUCCGCCAUUGUGGGCUAUGCUUGCUGCGAUCAUCAUCGCCUCCGUACCCAAGCUACAGCAAAUCUUCUUCUCGCCAGGAUCGUUCGUUAGCAACUCUGUCACGCGAGCAAUCAGCCAGAGCGGGCAGGUAGCAGUCCCGCUUAUCCUGGUCGUCCUGGGUGCCAAUCUCGCCCGCAACACGCUCCCCAAGGAGGACAACCACUCCCUCGAAGACAAAGCUGUGGAAAAGAAACUCGUCAUCGCUUCAUUGAUCAGCCGCAUGGUGCUCCCGACCAUCAUCAUGGCACCUCUCCUCGCGCUGACCGCCAAGUUCGUCCCCGUCAGCAUUCUGGACGACCCCAUCUUCGUCAUCGUCUGCUUCCUUCUCACGGGCGCCCCCAGCGCGCUCCAGCUCGCCCAGAUCUGCCAGAUCAACAACGUGUACAUGGGCGCCAUGUCGCAACUGCUCUUCCACAGCUACGUCCGCGUCAUACGCACAUGUCACUCGACCCCUCCAAUGAACAACAACCCCAACCUCACUGAUCCUGAAACUUCUCCAAACUUGACCCGUCACUCUUCCCAUAUCAACAGAAAAAUCACAAUGGAAGAUGCGCAAUCUUCCCGGCCAGCUCCUACAAAGGUUGCAUUCACAGAUGAGCCAGAGGCCAUCUCUCCCCCGACUGAAACUCCCACUGAAUCCGAGACCGGUCCCAAGGUCCACCGCGCCAAUGUGAGCGGUAAGCGUCUCUCAGGUAGACCGUCGAUGGAACGAUUGUCGUCCAAAGAAAGAGCUGGACUUCUUGGUAACCCUUCACUUACUUCGCUCUUGAGCGAGGAGUCCUUGUCUGGAUCCAGGAGCGGCAGCGGUGGCCAUCACCACCAUCAUCACCAUGAUUUGAUUCAUCAAGUCUCGGCCUGGCUGAAGAGCGAGAAAUCCAGACGUAGUGCGCGCAAAGCCAAGCGCAGCGCUUCAAAGAAGGAAGCGUCCAGCAAAACCGAGCUUCUGGUUGUUGGUGACUCCGAGACCUCGGGUGACCGAGAGAGGAGACCGUCCGAUUCCUCUGAUGGCUCACUCGCACUCGAUGAACUUGCCACAAUCCUAGAGCGGACAUUGUCACUCAAGUCGGAUUCCCACAAGCGACGACACUCUCAUGGACACAAGCUUGCUUCUCGCAUGAGACGUCAUUCAACGGUCUCUUCCGACACAGACUAUUUCGACGGAGCCGAGGAGUUGGUUCCUAGCUGCGAGGCCACUCUCGACAAUACCAAGACCAUGGCAUACGGCGCUGGAGGACCGGACGUUGGCGAUGAUUCCGCUUCUGUUGGGUCCAAGAAGAGCAAGAAAAAGGAGAAGGAGGCAUGGGCAACCUUCAAGUAUGAGAUUCUGCGACUGGCCCAUACCUUGAAACUGAAGGGCUGGCGACGUGUUCCUCUCGAGCAGAGUGGCGAGAUCGACGUCGAACGCUUGAGCGGUGCCAUGACCAACACUAUCUAUGUCGUCAGUAUGCCACACGCUCUGAAGCCCAAGGAGAAUCAAGACGGAACCUCCCAGCCAGUCCCGAAGAACCCUCCACCCAAAGUACUCCUUCGAGUCUACGGUCCACAGGUAGAGCAUCUCAUCGAUCGAGAGGCCGAACUACGAAUCCUCAAACGCCUUGCUCGUAAGCGGAUAGGACCGCGCCUGCUCGGUACAUUCACCAACGGCCGCUUCGAGGAGUUCCUCAACGCGAAGCCACUCACGUUCCAAGACCUUCGCAGCCCUGAUGUGUCCAAGCAGAUUGCUAAGCGCAUGAGAGAGCUGCACGAAGGUAUCGACCUUUUGCGCGAAGAGCGAGAAGAUGGACCUUUCGUGUGGCAGAAUUGGGACAAGUGGGUGGAUCGCUGCGAGAAGAUCGUCACCUGGCUCGACGAGCAGGUCGAGAACACUCCAAAGGAUGCUGUUCUCGCCCCGGAAGAUGCCUGGAAACAGCGAGGUUAUGUGUUGGGCGUGAAAUGGGCCGACUUCCGCAAGAUGGUAGAGAAGUAUAGGCAGUGGCUUGAGGACCAGUACGGGGGCAGAGAGAAGGUCAACGAGCGGCUUGUCUUCGCACACAACGAUACCCAGUAUGGAAAUAUCUUGCGCCUCGAGCCGGACGGCAAGUCUCCUCUGUUGCUGCCAGCAAACCACCACAAACAGCUCGUCGUCAUCGACUUCGAAUACUCCAACGCCAAUCUGCCUGGCCUUGAGUUUGCAAAUCACUUUACUGAAUGGUGCUACAAUUACCACGAACAGCUACCGUACCGCUGCAGCACCCGCUACUACCCUACCCCAGACGAGCAGUACAGAUUCAUCCGCGCCUAUCUCGUCCACAACCCAACCUACCGCGCAGCCGGCGGCUCUGCCUCCAACCCUCCAACCCCUCACCUUGGCCCUCUGCACCACUCCGGCAGCACGACCGCCUUGGCUGCCACCGCAGUGCCCACCACCAUCUCCGCAUUCAUGCUGGACUCGCGCGCGCCGCCGGGUGAGAAGUACUCGCACCAGGAGCAGGAAGCCCAAGCAGAGAAGAAAACAGAAGAAGAGAUCCGGCGCCUCAUGGCCGAGACAAGGCUAUGGCGUCUCGCGAACUCGGUACAAUGGGCGGCAUGGGGCAUCGUACAAGCCCACAUCCCGGACCUCCCCGACUUCGACCUCGACAACAAAGCCGGUGCCGGCGAGACGAGCAAAGAGGGCGGGCAGGAGCCCACCGAAGGCCUCGCAGCAGAAGCAGCAGCAGACCAGAACGGCGGGGACUCCGACCCGUCGUCCAACGGUGGCGACGCCGCCGAGGAGGAGGAAGAGGAGUUCGACUACCUUGGCUACGCGCAGGAGCGAGCCAUGUUUGUCUGGGGCGACGCGAUUCAGCUGGGCAUGGUUAAGCAGGAGGAGCUGUCUGAGGAGUUGAGGGGCAAGAUUAAGUUGGUCGAGUACUAG